ACGAACACCCCCUUUCAGUUCUAUUCCUUUGCCUAUUUAACUCUCCUCAUUCAUCCCACCUCCUGUCUUAACUUGUUCUCCUUUCUAUUCUAUUCUCUUUUCCCCAAGCAACCAAGAACUAAAAGCAGAGCAUCAUAAUUCAUUCACCAGAUGGAAGGACGAAAGACGGUUGAUUUCGAAGAUUUCUUGCCAAUAAUGGCCGACAAGUUGGGUGGGCAAGGAUUGAUAGAAGAGAUCUGCAAUGGGUUUCAGUUGCUCAUGGACCCUGAUAAGGGACUCAUCACUUUCGAGAGCUUGAAGAGAAACGCCGCCCUUUUGGGGUUACAAGGAUUGACAGACGACGAACUGCAAAGCAUGUUGAGGGAAGGGGAUGUCGACGGUGAUGGGGCUCUCAAUCAGAUGGAGUUUUGCGUUCUCAUGUUCAGAUUGAGUCCUGAUUUGAUGGAAGAGUCUGAGAUGUAUCUGGAAGAAGCUCUCCAGCAGGAUAUGAUGGAUAUAUAAUUUGUUUCAGCUUUCUUGUUUUUCUUGUUUUUCUUUCCUCUCUUUCUAUUUUUUCUGUUAUUCUCCAGUUCCUCAUUUGUUCUUGUUAUUGAUGUGGGCAUUUGGAAAGGAGAAAACAAAAUACAAAAAAGAAAAGCAAAUUUUUUGAUGUUAUCCGAUUGAUUCAGUGGAAGGAUUGCUAAUUUAUUACAACUGAUUUUCGAUAAA